GAGUCACUCUACUUAAUGAGAGUUGGAAAGCUUCUUCUCCCACCCAUCGGACCGUUUCCCCUACGCUUUCCCUCCUCGUCCUCAGUGCUGUCUCUCUCUCUCGCCUCGAAGACCCCGGCACCUCCCAAUCGGUGCGACUCGGCCAAACUUACCCCUUCGACUAUUCUUCUCCCCGAGUUCGAGUUUUAUAAGCGAAGGAAGAGAAGCAAAGAGGAGUGGAAGGAGCUUUUCCACUCUUUGUAUAAGAGUAAUUCAAAGAUCGUAGUUUUGAUCUUUUUGUGCGGGUAUUGCUCGAUGGUGGCCGACCGCGUCCACCCCACCGCAGGUCCCAACGCCGAGGAGAAGACGGCGGCGGCGGCGGCCCCUGCCGAACCGGCGGCGGCAGCCGGGCCCGAGAGCCCCCCUUCCCCGAAGACCUUCGCCGAGAAGCCCAAGCCUCCGCCGGGGACCUACGUGAUCCAAGUCCCCAAGGACCAGAUCUUCCGUGUCCCGCCACCGGAGAACGCCCGCCGCUUCGAGGCCUACACACGCCGCGCCACCCGCCGGCGCCGCGGCUGCUGCUGCUGCCUCGCCUGGACUGCCGCCCUCCUCCUCUUCCUCCUCUUCGCCCUCGCCGUCACCGCGGGGAUACUCUACCUCGUCUUCCAGCCCAAGAUCCCCAAGUACUCCGUCGACGGCCUCGCCGUCAAGGGCUUCAACCUUUCCUCCGCCGCCACCAACCUCGCCGCCAUCUCGCCGGAGUUCGACGCCACCAUCCGCGCCGACAACCCCAACAAGAAAAUCGGCAUCUACUACCGCUCUGGCAGCUCCAUCACCGUCAGCUACGACGGUGUCAACCUCUGUCACGGCGUCUGGCCCACCUUCUACCAGGGGAAACGGAACGUGACCGUCUUUCAGACGGCGUUGACGGGGGCAGGGAUCCGUUUAUCGGCCGCUAUGAAAGACGCCUUGGUGACGGCGCAGAGCCGCGGGGAGGUGCCACUGGAGAUAAACAUCAAAGUCCCCGUUAGGAUCAAGUUUGGCGCCGUCAGGACGUGGACGAUCACCGUUAAGGUGGGAUGCGACGUGACGGUGGAUAAGUUGGCGGCGGAUGCGAGGGUCGUCUCGAAGUCGUGCAGCGUUAAGGUGGAUCCUUUUUAACGGCGGCGUGGGUUUUUUUUUUUUUGAGUACAUAGCGGUGUGGUUCCGUUGAUGGUGGUGGAUAUAGUGUUCGUGUUUGGGAUAUACCGACGAUCCUAUUCCUAACAUUUGUUUACUUUUGAAUAUCGAGUGCGCGAGUUCGGGAGGCAUUUCUUUGCGAUUCGCUUGGUUUAUACAUGAAUAAAAGUAAAUAGACAUACAUGUUUACUUGUUUAGCCAUUGGAUAUUAUGCUUGCUGUAAUGCAAUUGGGAUAUCUUCUCCAAAGUGUUGAGGCGAGCAGGAUACGAUCAAAUACCUUCCAUGUAUUCCACGAAUCUCAUAUAUACGCAGGAAUGGCGGAUCUUAUCUUCUUUGU